CACCACACAACGGGGUGACUUUCAUCGGCCAUCUUCCCUUGUCGAGUUAGUUGCAGUGUUCGUCGUCGGCGACGUCGUGAGGCUCAUUCUGUUCUAUUCGAUCAUCCGGCUACCGUUGUCCGAGAACGAAUCAGAAUAUGUUGAAGAUUUUCCAAUCACAGGACGGCCAGCAGCGCUUCCGUUCGCCCUUCGCGCCUAUGGUGGCGAAGUGUGAGGCGGGAGCUCCCGCGGCGCCGGUUCGAGUCCUCUCGGCAGCCAACACCGCCGACGAAGUCGUCUACGGCUCAGGACAAUACUACGCCCUCUGCGGUCUCGGCGGGAUCCUCUCGUGCGGUAUCACCCACACGGCGUUGACGCCUCUCGAUCUCGUCAAGUGCCGAAUCCAGACGAAUCCCACCAAGUACAAGAGCAUUUUCCAGGGUUUCAAGCUCACCCACGCAGAAGAAGGUGUUCGAGGACUCGGUCGAGGAUGGGCCCCAACAGCCAUCGGAUACUCGCUCCAGGGUCUCGGAAAGUUCGGCUUCUAUGAAGUGUUCAAGAUAUUCUACGCCGACCUCCUCGGUGAGGAGAACACCUACCUGUGGCGAACGUCACUGUACCUUGCGGCUUCGGCUUCUGCCGAAUUCUUCGCCGAUAUCGCCCUCUGCCCACUGGAGGCGUGCAAGGUGCGAAUCCAAACCCAGCCCGGAUGCUCUCCGUACCUGGCCAAAGUUUUCCCGCAAAUCCUCAAGGACGAGGGAAUCGGCGGUCUCUACAAGGGUCUGACCCCGCUGUGGAUGCGACAGAUCCCCUACACGAUGAUGAAGUUCGCCUGCUUCGAGCGAACCGUCGAGUUGCUCUACAAGCACGUCGUUCCCAAACCCCGUGACCAAUGCUCGAAGGGCGAGCAGUUGAUCGUUACGUUCACCGCUGGAUAUAUCGCUGGAGUUUUCUGUGCCGUGGUGUCGCAUCCCGCCGAUACCAUCGUGUCUAAACUCAACCAGGACAAAGGCUCGACCGCUGUUGAUGUUGCCAAGAAGCUCGGCUUCGCCGGUCUCUGGAAGGGUCUCGUUCCUCGUAUCAUCAUGAUCGGUACGCUCACCGCCCUGCAAUGGUUCAUCUACGACGCGGUCAAGGUGGCGCUCCGCCUCCCCCGCCCACCACCACCUCAGAUGCCCGAGAGUCUCCGUCUGAAACUCGAGAAGGAACAGAAGUAGACGCGGCUCGCACAAGGCUGUAAUCGACCACCUCGAGUAGUUAUUGAACUAAUUGAUCAGAAACAAAUUCAUACGAAAAUGUUGUCCGAUUGAGAACACGGAAAGAGCGAGACACGAUUCGGUACGCUCACAUUUCGGAGACACGGAAAACAUUGGUUCGUGACUCUCGCGUGUCUAGUGUGCAGGGGGUACUUAUAAUUGGUUGAAAGUUGAAUGACGGAUGCAUGAGACUGACGAAAAGCCCGGUCAACGUUGGCGUGCUCGAGUAUUUUUCGGAGAGAUGGUGUUUGGCUGUCUCCCAUUCUCUAGGUCUAGUGAAUUGAAUCAAUCAAAUUGAAAUUAAUAUAAAAACGGAAGGAUUGCGCAAGAGGAUGUCGGUUGGAAAAUGAGGGUGUGCGCCAUGCGUGUUGAGGAAGAGAAGCCGCUCUGAAAACAGAUCAGUCAUCGUCGUUCUUCGCUUCUGAACCAGAAAUAAAACACCUCCAUUCCU